CGGGACGGUUGCCAAGGCGACGGCUGCGUGGCAACGGGCUGGCAGCGGGGGCCGCCCGCCCGCCGCCGAUGCCGCCGAUGCCGCCGCCGCCGCCGCGGCGCUCUGAGCGGUCGCGCUGCUGCCUUCCUCGCUAGAUGCUGCGGAGGCCGCCCGGGAGCAACCACGCUCCUUUUUCGGCCACCGAUCAACCAGAAACCACCGGUCCAGCUACCGGGGGCGACCCUCGGCCCUCCCCGCCGGGCCCGGGGACAACGCGGAGCGGAGAUGUUGCCGCUGGUGCGGAGCGCCGGGGGCUCCCACCAGUGGCCGGCGAUCGUUUUCCUCGGCCUUUGCUGUCUCCUACCCCCCGGGCGACUCGCCGCACCCGGUGGCGACUAUCCCGGGGCGGCCGUGGACAAUUUGGUGGUCAGGAAGGGGGACACGGCGGUGCUUAGGUGUUACUUGGAAGAUGGAGCUUCAAAAGGGGCCUGGCUGAAUCGGUCGAGUAUUAUUUUUGCUGGAAGUGAUAAAUGGUCGGUAGAUCCUCGAGUUUCGAUCGCAACAGCAAACAGAAGAGAGUAUAGCCUGCAGAUACAGGACGUGGACGUGACGGAUGACGGUCCAUACACUUGUUCUGUGCAAACUCAGCACACUCCUAGAACGAUGCAGGUGCACUUAACUGUACAAGUUUCUCCCAAGAUAUUCCGCAUUUCGAGUGACAUCGUGGUGAACGAAGGAAGCAACGUUACGCUGGUGUGCCUGGCCACAGGGAAGCCAGAGCCUUCCAUCUCCUGGAGGCACAUCUCCCCCUCCGCAAAACCAUUUGAGAGCGGGCAGUACCUGGACAUCUAUGGAAUUACAAGAGACCAGGCUGGGGAAUAUGAAUGCAGCGCAGAAAACGAUGUCUCAGUCCCCGACGUGAAAAAAGUAAAAGUCACAGUAAACUUUGCCCCCACAAUUCAGGAACUUAAAUCCAGCGGUGUGGUGCUUGGAGGGAACGGACUGAUUCGGUGCGAAGGUGCAGGAGUUCCUGCCCCGGUCUUUGAGUGGUACAAAGGAGAGAGGAAACUGAUCAAUGGUCAACAAGGAAUUACUAUUAAAAAUUAUAGUACAAGAUCACUUCUUACUGUUACCAAUGUGACAGAAGAGCAUUUUGGCAACUAUACAUGUGUCGCUGCCAACAAGCUAGGGACGACCAAUGCCAGCCUGCCUCUCAACCCUCCCAGUACAGCCCAGUACGGGAUCACCGGUGACGCCGAAGUCCUCUUCUCCUGCUGGUACCUUGUGUUGACACUGUCCUCCCUCACCAGCAUAUUCUACCUGAAGAACAUCAUUCUGCACUAAGUGUAAAGACCCAUAAAAGGCUUUUAAGGAUUCUCUGAAAGUGCUGAUGACUGGAUCCAAUCUGGUAGAGUUUGUUAAAAGCAGCGUGGGAUAUAAUCAGCAGUGCUUACAUGGGGAUGAUCGCCUUCUGUAGAAUUGCUCAUUAUGUAAAUACUUUAAUUCUACUCCUUUUUUUGAUUAGCUGCAUUACCUUGUGAAGCAGUACACAUUGUCCUUUUUUAAGACGUGAAAGCUCUGAAAUUACCUUUAGAGGAUAUUAAUCGUGAUUUCAUGUUUGUAAUCUACAAGUUUUCAAAAGCAUUCAGUCAUGGUCUGCUGAGUUGCAGACUGUAGUUUACAAAAAAAAAAAAAGGAAUAUUGCAGUAAAAAUGUGCUUCUUUAAGGCUGCAAUACAAAUAUUCAGUUCCCUUCUUAAAUAGCAUUCUAUCCACAUUUACACAGAAAUAUUUUUUCUUUUUUGAUAAAAAAAAAAAUCAAAUAAUAUUGCCUUCAAAAUAUUUCUUCAAAAUAUUACACGUAUCUAGAUUUUCUUCUAGCAUGAUAUUCAGGUUUCAAGAAUGAGCCUUGUAUUAUAACUGCGCUGUGCAGUACUGCUUUCUCUUUUCUUUCCUUUUUCCUGCAAAUUCAGCAUGGGUGUGCCUUCAUAAAACACUACUUUCCUCUCUCUUCCUCUCCCACAAAUCUGGAAUGUGUUUUGGGAAACGCUAAAGCAUCCUUUUGAGCAUAAGAAAUCUCUAGCGGAGGAGAAAGGUGCUAUUGGCUAAAAGGAAAAGCCCCCCUCCCACCCCCGGGAGCUCAUCGAACCGCUUCAGACGCCGCGGUUUUAGGCGCCCAGGCGAGAAUAGCACCAGCUCCUUUAUAUGUUUUCCACCUACCACCACUAACCAGCAGGCGAUCUCUGUAACAACUGGGUUUUCCCAUUGCAAAACAGAACGCAAAUUAUUUUGAGACAUCUUUUGAAUGUAGGAACGUUUCCCUUCGUCCUUCUAAAUCAAAAUUCCUAAAUGGCUGUAAAUGUGAGAAGCUGAAUAGUCCCUUUUGUAUUACCGGCAAAACCUAUGUGAAUUGGUAUUUUUCUUGCACUUAGUUUUGUACUGGUUUGGCUAAUUUAGCAAUGAUAAAGGAUGCUUUUAAAAUACUAGAUAUCUGAAAAUACAGGAAGUAUCAAGCAGAAUUUUAUAUAUAUACAUAUAUAUAUAUAUAAAAUACAUAUAUAUAUAUUAAAACGAGGUUGCUCCAAUAACUGUACUGAAGUGCAUGUUGCCGUCCAUGACAGAAUCAUCCUUACAGACAGGACUUCGUUACCGAUGCGCUCACACUGCCCAAAUCUCACCACAGCAGUGAAGUCCUCACACACGAUUUCCUCGUACUGCAGUCUAUCCGGGUAAUGCUCUCGUCCCACUCCGUGAAGGGGCAAGUUUCAGAAUAGCAUCUAAUGUUACUAACUUUUUUUUGUUUAAACAGCCCCGGACAGCAUUAACACAAAACACUGCGCACAGUUUACAGCUGAAAUUAAAAGCGCCAUCUGUGUAAAUUGCUGGGACGUGACUAUGGCCAACAGCCCUUGAAUGCAAGAUCUCCUGGUCACCCCCAAAGAUCUUGACUUGCUCACAGAAAACUAUCGAUGACGAGAAUAAUAAAACCAUUGUCGACGUUAUUAUUCCCCUGUUUUGUAUAUGAACUCCGGGAGGCGACACAAUUAUUCUCCUCCAACCUUUUUUCUCCUAGAGUAGGAUUCGGCAGGGAGCGAUGCCGGCUGAGCAGGGAGCGCGCCCAGCAGCUCCAGACUCACUCUGCGGGUGCCGCAGGUUUUGGAAAGGCAGAGGCUGAGUGUCGCUCGGCUCAAUAGAUCCCAGCCCAUCCCAACACGUAGACAGAAUACGCGGCGAAUCUGGUGUAGUUACCAAUGAACUCAGGCGCAGGGUAUAAACGGAAAUACGUUGACUCCACAAUACGGCAAUAAAACGCCCUGGGUCACUCUGCGUAUGUUCAGUGACAGAUUGUACUAUUGCUAUCGUAGUAUUUACAGCCAUGUGCUAAGCAGUUACUCUUUUUGGAAACGUGGCAUUUUUUAAAACCUUGAAUAACAUGACAAAAUUCAUUCUUUAAGGAAAUAGUAUAAACCCAAUUCAAAUUACACUAUAUACAGUCCUGAUAUUCUGCUCUCUCUUGUAUUGCAGCUUUAAAGUGCUAUAUUGUAGAAUCCAUUCGCUAGAAACAGUGGUGCUGCAGAAAGUAUCAUGUCAGUAGAGUUUUACGAAGAAGGAAAGAAGGAUACGCGUAGCCCAACUCAGACGCCUCAUCUCCAGCAAAACUGAGAGAUGCUUCUAUGCUGUGGCUGGAUCAAAUUAUGUAUUUCGAUGACAUAUUUUGUUGCAGUGAUUCCUGGUAUCUGGAUCCUGAUAUUUCCAGCAACAGAAUAGAAUAAAUAGCAGCUUUAUUAAGUAUGGAAAAGAAAAAGAAAAAAUAAAAGGUAUAGACUGUUUGCAUUCGUACCGGGUAGAGCCACUGGAGCAUGGACAAGAUGCUCAGUCCCAUCCCUGAAUUUUCACUUAAAUUUGAGGGGACAUAAUUAUCACGAAGUCCAAAAAGAAACCAAACCCCACAGUCGUUUCUAGGUGCCAGUGGCGUUUCUGUCGGUGGAAUCGGUGUGUAGUGUCAGUCAGACGCGGGUGUUCAGCCGCGGAGGUGCGUGUGCGGGUGUGCGUGUGCCCAGCGCGGUGCCGGGACUGCCCUCGGCGUCGGUCGGGUCCCUCUCCCAAGGCUGCUCGGGAGCCUCUGCCCGCUCCCCCUCCACUCCUGCAGAGGGCUACGGCCGCGCUUAGCUCUAGGCACCGUCCCUUCCGCAGCCAUAGAGUCAAACCACCUUGAUUUUUGCAGGAUUGGAGCUGUAGGGGGUGUCCAUCAAAUAAAGAAACUUGGUUCUCGGUGAAUCUUGUUCCGUGCGGUAAACCGGUAAUUGUACAGAUUGGGACUUUUUGGGACAUUUCUUCCCAAACGGACGGUGCAGACCGCUGCCGAUUGAGCACAGCCACGUCUUACCAGUCCCACCCACCCUGUAAUUUGUGGGGUGCAUUUGCUGUAGGCAACUGUUUGAAGGUAUGCUCCAUGCUUCGUCAAAGGGUUGACCCAUACUGUUCAUAUCUGUCGGGCAAAUAUGAUCGUAUUUAUUCCCACCUUUCAAACGCGAAAAAUAAAUGGCUUAGCUCCAAGCAGUAUAACUGAAUAUUUAUAUCAAGAUUGUUGUCCCCAUUGGAAACCCCAAAGUCUGUAACACCGUUCAGUUCCUCCUUGCGCAAUAACUCAGGUCUGCAAUCACCAUUGCAUCGGUGACGGACGCAGAAGCAAUGAUGCUCUAAUUACACAGUUGCUGAUCGUGCUUAUACUAAUACUGAAUUAAAGGAUGUCUCACAGCUUCUUGAACAAAUGCAGUUUCUCAAGGGUUUAUAACUUUGGCAGGAAAUGUAUCCUUCAGAGCUAGACAGCUUUUUUUAAACUUUUCGAUAUAUAUACUUUUUUUAGAAACUAUGCCGUUUUUAAGAUACAGGAGCGUUAAAAACCAUCACCAGUAAAAGCUGCUUUUUUGCACAUUUUCAGAGCUAGCGUUCUAGACAAACAAUGGUAAAUGUUAUACCUACCAAAACCUCCGCUUAGUCCACAUAACUGUGUUACAAAGAACGUGUAUACCAAAAUAAGUAUUUACAUGGAUAAAAUAAUUGCCUUAAAGACUAAAUAUGCAUUUACUUCUAAGAUUGGAUCAGACUUGUGCCCAGUCUGGAGGUAAAUAAUCCAUAUUUCACAGUCUGCCGUGGAAGAUUUUGUUUCUUUGGAGAAAAAAAAAAAGGGGGGGGGGGAGGCAGGGAAAAGCAUUCAUUUUCUUUUAAAAGAAUCUUAAAUAAUUUUAAAAUUCUUGCAUAAACUGACACACUUGUGAGGAAGCUUAGGAAAAGGACCAAUUUCAGCCUGACACUUUAGCCGCGGCAGUGCGUCGCCCGGCUGGUGGGUUUUGCGUGGGGGCUGGCGGUGCCACCAAGGGUCCGUCACGUCCCUCCCACGUCCCCCGCUCCCCGCGGCCCUGGGCCGGGGCAGAGGCAGGUGCCUGGGUGCCCCUGUCCCGCGGCACCGCAGGAAGAGGGGCCACGCAGCCCACCCCGCCGGCCACGCUACAGCUCGCAUCACAGAAUUCUUUAGAACUAGAAAAUAGUGAGGAGGAAAAAAAAAAAAAAUCUUAAAAAACAGGAAUUAAAAAUUCUCCAUUCAGCCUUAAUGUUGAGAGUAGAUACAUAAGCAAUGACAUGGAAGGGAGGAAUUUACUUUCAAUUUGGCUGACCUUAAUCGCCACCGUUGCCCGUGCAGGGAUGCUGCAAACACGCGUAGUUUGGGUCGGCUCCAGUUUUUGGUCCUGUUUUAUGUUUUUCUGCUGAGCAUUGAGGGCAGGGGAGGGAAUUUAUCCAUACCAUAACUGAAAACAGCCAGGUUAAAGCAAUGGCACGAGGCUCUCAGGGUAAUUUGGAAGGGAUUCUCCAUACGUCCUGCUCCAAAAAUUUUGUAUCAGCAAGGGCAAGGAGAUUUUUUUUUUCCAGGCCCCUUCAGCACUGAGCGCAUCCCUAUUUGUUCCCAUCGCUUUCUGCCUGCUUAAUGCUUAAUUCAUGAAGAGCUCAAAGGUUCCUUUGCAUUAAAAAAUUCCCAUGUUAAAAAAUGUAGAGAUCAGCAUAUUUGCCACCUCCCAUAAACUCAGUUUUCAGUCAUUCAUUUUUCAGGGCGUGUUAAGCUUUCCCAUCGCUUGGUAGGGUGUAAAUACGCGUCACAGGACAAUUCCCACCCUGCAUCCCCCACGGGCUGCCCUCCCCGUAACUCCUGGCUGCCAGAACCAUCCCUGAGGGUUUGCUCCCAUUAACGCCACCAGCCAUCCCGGCAAACAGAGACGCGGGAGCGACCUUCUCCUUUGCCCUCGCUCCAGGCUCGGUUCUCCCACGCGACGAACCUCCAUCCCAACCCCAACAGCCGCGGAAAACAGCCCAGCUGAAAGCCCUGUUACUUGCAGCCCCUUUCAUCCGCGGGGCAGCGGGAGAGCAGGUAAACCUUCCCCCUCGUUAGCUGAAUAAAAGACAUUUGUGCAGCCAGCCAGAAUUAAGAGAUGGGGGAGGAGGAGAUGGUACGGUGCUGCUCCGGCCACCACAGCCGCAGGUAUUUCCCCUUAUCUGCCAAAUAUGAAAGUACUCGUUAUUCCUCCACUACCCUCUUUUUUUUUCAGUGCUCCCAGAUAAAAAAACAAAUGUCUGUAAUAAUGAUAUAUCUGGUAUCUAGAGGGUGAAAUCUGUUCCCUCCUAAUGCACAUCCAUCCUCCUCUUUAUUAUUUUUCAGCCAAAACCCAAACACAAUUUGCACAUUGCGCGAUGCGAUUUACGUGCAAUAACAUCAGCUUUUCCACUUAUCCAAACCAUUGUAGGCAUGAGCGCGUAACUCCCAUUAACCUCAGCGACAGCGGCUUAAAUGGGAACCGCAAGUGAGAAUAAACCUUAAAGAUGUGACUGAGCAGCAGCCGCCCCGCGUCUCACGCUGAGAGGCAGGGCCAUUGCUUCCCUCCCCUCCUCUUAUUUAUAUUUUUUUUGUAUGAAAAUACACUUUCCUUUUCUACAGGGCGGUUAAUUUAGGCCGGGAGGUGCCGCCGUUUAGAUGCGCUUAACAUUUUUGACGUGCCUCUUUGGGUAGCGACACUUCGCCGGGCGCAGGAGACGCAGCAUCCCGGGGAGCCGCGGCGUGACGGGCAGCGGCUCCCGCUUCCCGCUAAUGAGCCAGUUCCUUGCAGGAAUUUCGGCUCUGCAGAAGCAGCGGGAGGGAGGUCGCACGCUUCAUUAGGCUGCGAAAGCUUCCAAAUGGUAGAGGAACUGGUUUUUCCUCUCUCAUUUAAGCGAAUUGCUAAAAGCGCUGGGUUGUUCUUCCACAGAACUUCAAAUUCGCUAUUUUCUUCAUUAACUUUGACCUUUUUACAUUUAUUAUGAUAAGGAGAAAAAAAAAAAUUAACUUUGGAGUAAGCUACUGCAAAUUCACUCCCCCCAUGCUUUUAAAAUUAGAGCUCCUGGGAGUUUGGGCCAGGGGAGCAGGGGAUGGUAUUUGCCACUGUUUUCUGCAUAAAGAGGAUUUAACAUUUGUUUGUCAAAAAUUAGGGAUUUUAAGUCCCUACGAAUGAUUUCUAAAGCACUUUUAGCAAGCUAGGUGCACCUAUCGUCCUGCCUAUGUGUGUAUUAGCAGCAGAAAGGCAAAGAUGGGGGUGGCGGGGUCACCUUCCCGUGGGUGGCUCCCGGAGCCUGGGGGUCCAGCGGCUUUGCCGGGGCCAGGCAGGGACCCCGCGUGGCUCUCGGGGAGCUGGGCUGCGGUGACAGGGUCGUUCAUGGCUUUACAGAGAUGCGGCAGAGCAGAACCGUCCGACCGUCCUGCCAGUCCCUCCCCUGCUGGCGGGACACGUAGUGGCAAAGAUACCUGCGUUUUUACGCUAUGUUCAUUUUUGUCAGGGGAGUUUCGCUAAGUGUCUCGGCCUUUGUUUCAGUGCCUUAAGCACCUUUUCGCAAAAGGCCACGGUGUGAGAGAGUACAUUUCGAAAACUAAUUUCCCAAAGCUAAUCACCCUCAGUAACUCGUCUCCCCAGCACAGGCGCUCCCCCGGCAGACGUACCCCCGGCUCCUGGGGAAGCGAGGCGGCGGCGGCGCCAGUCGAGAGGCACCGAUGAGUGCUGCUGGCCUGGUAUUGCCCUCCAGAAGAUUUCAGAUAAGGCACUUAGUUCUGCUCAAAAAAAAAUCAGCUAAGGGCUUUGACCUUAUAUUUAAAUGCAGAAUUAGCACUCCGGUAAAGGUUAAUGAACAGAAGAAGGGAACAGAGAAUUUUUGACCGAAAUACUUCUGAAAUGGGUUGAGACGCGGGCAGGUCGGCUGCUGCAGCAGGACCCGCUCCCCUCGCCCGGGCGCUGCGGCCACCCGACAGACCAGGGAGGAAGCGGGGAGGAGGAGGAGGAGGAGGAGAGGGAUGAAGAGCAGGGUCUGCUGGCACUUGGCACGCAAAGCCACGGCAGUGAUGAGGCUUUUGGCUCGACUGGCUCCAAGGCUAAAAGCUCAAAACUGAACCAGUUUUGGUUCAACAACCCAUGGCCGGGCUUGUUCUGUGUCUGCGGUCGCAGGGAGGGAAGGGACGGGGUUGCCCGUGGUCUGGCUUGGCCCUCGGCCGAGACCCCCGAGGGGGGCUCACCACCAUCCUUUGGGUGUGCAAACAGUGUCCGUCUUUCAGACAAACCGUGAUCUUGAAAUACGUUUUUUUUUUCUUUGCUUCCUCACCAAGCUGCUGCUUGUGAAAAGUAAUUAUUUUACCGUACGGCGAAAUGAGCAAUGGUUUCUGUUAGCUCUUCAUCUAAGAGCAGUCCCUUUAGCGUGGAUCCUUCGUCAGUGCUGACAAACAGGGAUUUGGCCAAUUAUUCGGGCUAAAAAGCAAACCAGCCUUCCCCCUCCCACCCUCAACACCUUCCCAAUUUCUAACUCCCCUCCCACCCGAAAACCAUGACACCAUUGCUGCAAAUAGCAAGUAAUAAUGGCAAAUACUGGGAUGGAGUCUUAAAAUGAAUUGCGAGAAUUAGGGCUAUUAUAAUUUAAUAAUCAGUUUAAAUUAUUGUGUUCAUGACUUUUAUCAUUAAAGGCAUUUUACCUAUAUUUAAAUAUUUAAAGCUCAUGCUAUUAGCAAAACCUGGGAGUUGGAAAAAGUGCUUUAAUAUUCCAAUAAAUUAAAAAUAUCCUGGAAAGAAAUCCCUUCCCACCUUCCAUAGGCUCAAGCCAAAAAUGAAACACACCCCACCGGCUCAGUACCGGGCCAGCUACUUGGACACAGUGCCAGCGCCUUUGGAAGGGUUAAUAAGAAUAAAACAAGUACAGGGAAAAAUCCCCACCGAGUCAUCUGUAUUUGUUAAACGUAGAGAGACUCCAUCCAAAAACAAAAGCCAAGCCUUGUGGAGGUAGCGAGCCAAAUCUGUGUGUAAUUAUCCUUCCACUACUCGAAAUAUUGUUAUUAAAAUAACUCUCCACUCAAAUUCCGGCACAGCUACCGCAGCCAGCGCAGGAGACUUGUAAGGAACGUGUAUUUGGUCCAUAGCGGAGGGUGUUUGCACCCUGCGUGUGAUAACGGCAGCUCCUCCGGCAGCUCAUGCAGCUCAGCUCCUGCCCUCCACCUUGUCACCGGGGCUGCUUCCCCCUUUUUUCCCUCCUCCAGGAUAAGUUCCUGGGAAUAACAGGAAUAACGACCUGUUACAGGGAACAUCCUGUAUAGGAACAACAUCCUGAAUAGGGAGUAACAUCCGAGCAUCCAUGUUUCGGGACAGGCAUCCCGUGCCACUGGAGGCUGGAAGGACGGCUGAUGAAGAUGUGUGUCCCUCAGGGUGACGGGCUGAAGCCCACCGGUGGCCCCUUCGGCCAGCCCAGGGCUCUGCCGCAGCAGGGUGACCCUCGAGCACGUCUUGCCGCGUCCCCUGCCCCCCCGGGGAGGAGGGUGACUGCCCUCCCCGGCGCAGCGCCCAGCCCCAGUCGGUAACAUGCGCCGCUGCACUUAGCAGAGCGCUCCCGCAGAUGUUCUUAAUUAAACCAACCAAACCCCAGCCCACAUGAAGUAAUAACCCCCAAAGCUGCCUUCCCGCUCUCGUAUGUUCUGUGCUAUUGCUGCAGAAUACUACAGGAAUAUUAUUUUAUAAGAGUGAACCAUUUGCUAAAUAAGCCACCUGUUAAAUAAACACUCCCACCCUCCAAAUAUUGUUGUUUUGUUUUCCAGACUCUGCACAAUCUGGAUUUAUUUUAGAUGAAAAAAGAUAAUCACUAAAGUAAAAAAAAAAAAAAUAAGCCCCAAAACCCAGUAUUUUGACUAUUUGAAACUAUCCAUCUUGUGUGCACAUCUGCUCCUUUGCAAGCUGGCAGAGCUCUUACAUGAAAAGAGAAUCAUAGUUACUUAUUCAGCCGGGAGCUAAUGAAUUUCCAUCAUCAGACCUCGGCAGUCUUCAGUUUUUUAACUUUUUCUAGCCUUGAAUUGUUCCUUUUUCAUCUGGCUUCACUUUCUAUGAGGUGUGUCUUCACACAGGGACAAAGCCCAACCCAAGAUUGUUCUAGCAAAGUUGACACGGGAGCAAGAACGGAGUUUGCCUCAAGUUUCAUUAUACAAUCCCUUUUUCCACGCUUUAAAAGCCGAGUUCCCCGCUGUCCCACCCCCAGGCUGGCUGUACAGGAGCAUCCUGCGGCACACACCUAGUGUGCUUGGUGUAGUCUUUAGGACUCACACAGGCCCUGGGAAACACUGCACUAGUUCUACAGGGUGUACUCCCCUCAAAAAAACCCACACGAUAUUAGAAUAGAAUAGAAUAGAAUAGAAUAGAAUAGAAUAGAAUAGAAUAGAACGGAACGGAAUAGAACAGAACAGAAAUUUCUGUUGGAAGGGACCCACAGCGAUCACCUAGUCCAGCUGCAAGAAGGUGUUAAAUAGCGGCCACUGCCAUUUCAGAUCCUGUCUGGCCUCUUUUCCCAUUGCAGUGGCCAGGCUGCAGCCCUCCCCCAGUCCCCAGCCGAGGUCCUGGCUGCCCCCCUCGGCAGGUCCCUGCCUGCACCACCACCGGCUCUGUGAGCAACCAGAGCACGGGAACUAUUCAGGUGAAAUAGGCAGAGAGAGAGAGAGAAUAAUCUGCCGCCAGACCUCAGCUUUCUGUUUCGAGCAUGAACAUCAAGCGAUUAAACGAAGGGAGCAAAGCUAAGCGUGAAGGAGGAUGCUCUGAGAGGAGUGGUGAAGCCGUCGAGCUGGCCCUGCUGUGCCAGGUUAUCCUGGGCUGCAGCUCGUGCAGCCCCUGAAUCCAUGAAUUAACGUUUGGGGUUCACUUUUGGAGGGCCUCUCGCAAAAUUUACGACCCAGAGUCUGCAAGGCUGCCGCUGAAGAACAUGGUUCUCCAGGCGCUUUGCUGGGUCCUCCUGCCACCCCAAACGAGCACUUUUACCCGCAAAAGUGACACUUCAGAGAUGCUCGUGCCUCGGGAGCCAGCCUGGCAGGAGCCCAGACCCGGCCCUUAGACCACAGAUCUCUACCGUGUGUCAUUUCUAGAGCUGGGGCUGAAACAGGGUCCCCAACAACACAUGAAACACUCCCACCAAACACCUCUCCGGGCUUCAUCAGCAAAUGUGCGGGCCACAAAGAACGCUUCAAACCUAUUGCUAAUGUUGAGGACCGCUUACAAGCAGGCACAUACGUCCUCUGUGCGUGUGUCUGGACAUUUACCAGGGAUUUAAAAUGGCUUUAGUGGUUUUGCGUCCUCAUAUCUGAAAAUAAUUAUCUUGUUGUCACAAAUAAUUACAGAGCACAGCUGGAGGCUGGGAGAUCCGCGGUGACGUCCUCACCCGCGCCAGGUCACACUUGCGCAUAAGGUCCGGUCAGGCUGGGGAGAGUGCUUGUGCGUGCUGGUAAUGGCACGUGGUGCCGGACCCGUGGAAAUGUAACUGAUUGGCAGUAAAAGCUGGGUAGGCGAUCAUCUAAGUGCAUAAAAUGUGGCCAUAAAGAUGCACCGGCAUUAUAAGUUCAUACAAAAUUGCAGGCACAAAACUGGACAAAACUGCUUUUCAAAAUCAGCUCCAUUAUAUCCCGUUCUCUUUCUCAGAGAGCCUUUGUGAUAACAAUUCUGCAUGCUGCUAUUUUACAUGUUCACACAUAUUUUCUUGCUCUUUGACACUCAGCACCUAGCAACUUGGCUCCAUCCCCUUUAGCUGAUAUUUUUCCCAUGCCUUCUGAACAAGGCAGCAGCAAACCCCUCCGUACGAGUCUCAUCCUCUGUCCUUCAAAAGAACCCUUUUUCCCCCAAGACAAAUUCAGAUUUCACCCAGCCACAGGCUUCCUUAUACUUUUUAAACACUGAACCCCAUCAGCUUGUGAUUUUUCUUCCAAGUGCUUUUAUGCAUCUUGACUCUAAUGUAGAUUCUUAGAAAAUUUCACAAAGCACAUAUUAGUCAUUGCACUUUAAAUGCAGCUCACAAAUUAAUACUGUCUGGUAAUUAAGCAGCUAACCAUCCCCCCAAUAAAAAAAAAAACAAACAAACAAAAAAAACCAACAAAAAAACAAACAACCCAAAAAAAAAGUAAUGUUCCUCAUUUGAAGGUACUGUGCUGUAAAACAUGUUAAAGAUAUUUUAAUAACUGAGAGGAUUUAAUUAGAGCUGACAUAUUGACUAAGCCCUACAAUGCCCAAUAUAUUCGCAUACGUGCAAUACAUACGUGUACGAAGGGUUGUUCCCACAAUUAGCUGGAAUUCAUACACGAAUUAGCCCUGUGGGUGAACAGGGACUAAGGACACCAAGUGACACGGGCAGAGCCCUGGCCCCAGGCCGCUCCCCGGGACCCACCACCGCUGGCCUCUGUCACACGCCAGUGACCUGCCGGCAUCGCGUCAGCGAACAAACCACGCGAGGAUAACGCCUUCGUUCUUCACCCGCACAGCAGCCCAGGAACGCAGAUUCCUCCCCAUCUACUGCCCCGGUGGCUGUGUCUUUUGCGUUCUGCGGAGCCCCGAGGGAAACACUGCCAGGGCUUCCUCAGCAUCACAGCGAACCGAGAAACGGUACCACGCCUCGGACACGGCACGCUCCUGGUGCCGCUCGAUGGGCGAGCGUGGUGCAGAAGCCCCAAAACAGUCUGCUGCUUUGGAGAGACUGGGGUCUUCGGUAAUGAGCAGAAAAGGAAAGAAAAAAAAUACUUUGCAUACCUGAGUCUAGGUUACUUUCACAAGACCAGUGCAAAAAGAAGGUGUUUAUUUGGAAGUAUUGCAAUGGCCCACGCAUCGAGAGGAAAAAAAAGGAGAGUUGCAUCCUUUCAAGACAGACCCUUUCCUCACCUCUCCAUCUCAGCCUUUUCCCUAAAGAAACCCAGGACUUGUUUCAUUCAAAGAAUAGACUUUAAAUUUCUGUAGUCAUGUCAGGGUAGCAUUAAAUAUUAAAGCAAGAUAUUAAAAUUUCAAAGAACCUAAAUUAAACCUGAGGUAUUCAAAAAUAAGUGUUCCUGAAUAUUUAAUACUAAAGAUUUCAUAAUUAACUUUAGAAAUACCUCACAUUAAGAAAAUGAGGAGCUGCCUAAAAAAACGUGACCACCACAGUGGCCCUCAGAGGCCCUCAGUCCAGAGAAAGACGCAGGUUGUCUUUGGCCCCAUCUUCUCUCAGGGCUGGCGGGGGCUGCUCCGUCCCUGGGACGGUGCCCACGGUGCCGUCCCCCACCCAUCGCCCUCCACCACCGCCAUGGGCCGGGGAUGAGCAUCAGUGUGAGCCGGGGCUGGAGGACCACGCUGUGUCUCCUCUGCCACGUGCCACUGGCAAUUGGGGCCCUCUUGGGUAAAAUUGAUUCCAUUUCUUUCCUCCUCAACUCUUGAAAGGAGUUUCUUGGGCUCCGUGGCAUCUUUGUGGCUUCCUGCAGAAGCCUUGCCAGCCCUUCAUCUUCUCCAAGCGGGGACACCACCGCAGCGUCGCGCUGCCCUCUCCCUCCGGCACAGAACAGACUUGCCCGCAGGACCCAACGGGCCAUGACUAACCAGAGCAGUGCAUCGACUUGAGAUUGAACAAGCGUGAUCAGAUGUUACUUAUGGUUCUUUUAACUUCAAAUGUACUAUGAAAGACACAUGGAUUUACUAGGGAGAAGCAGCAAAACAAAACAAAACUAAACUGGGUUUGUUUGCCUCAUAAGCAGGUUUUCCUCCAUUAUUCACAAGGACAGGCUGACUCCCGUUGGUGUCCUCCAAAGAUCUUCCAGCUGGACUGCUACCAGUUUCCCACCAUCAUACAACUGUUGUAACUUGCCUGUCUGAUAAUACUGAACAUCUGAUCCUACAGGCGUAUAAAGGUUUGGGAGAGCAGGCCAUACCAGCACAGCAUCUGCCUCACUAUUUCAAUGUAAGCAGAGGGGAAAAAAAAAAUUUAAAAACCAGAUAAUAUAACAAUUCAAAUGAGGAUGUCUGAGCCUGGGAAACUAUUUUGUACUAAAAUGGUCUGAGAAGCUGCAAAAAAAACAGCAAUUAAGAAAGAGGUCCUCUUGAUUUAGCUCUAAAAUCAGCACAGCAGCAGCCUGCCUCUCCUCCCCGAGCAGCCCCCCUCCUCCGGCAGCCCUCGCCCUCCUCCUCGCCCCUCCCAGAGGGACCCUCCGCACCCUCUCCCUUCGUCGGCAUGCCUGGCUGCAGAGAGAAGCCCCAUCCUCGGGCUCUGUGGUGAGGAGAAGCUCCCCAGGGCAGCGGGGAUGGUGCCCACACAACAGCCCGUCACCACACUGUCCCUCAGUAGUGUCCUCCCACUGGUGGGAAGGGCAGGUCCCACACCCUCAGCUGCAGGGACCACCACUUCGUGGUUCUCGCCCCAGCCAGGUGGGGCGAGGGGCUCCUAGAGCCCAGGGUGCACAAAAUGGACUGGUGAUGGGGAUGGUGGUCGUGAUGGUGAUGGCGGGGAUGAUGGUGGUGGCGAUGGUGAUGGGGAUGAUGGUGGUGGUGAUGGUGGUGGCGAUGGUGAUGAUGCUGGUGGUGGUGAUGGCAAUGGUGAUGGUGGUGGUGGUGAUGGCAAUGGUGGGGACACAGCCAGAGCCAGUGGGAUGGGGAAGGGCUCGGUCUCCUCUGCAGACCAAGAGCAGCUCCUCCCUGGGGCAGCUGGCUGCCCCUCACAGGCAGCUUUCAGAACAGCUCACUAAUGAAGCGGAGUCAGCAGGGACCCGCGAGGGCUCGUUUGUCCAGCUGAGCUCCGUGCCGGGGACAGGGCGUUAGGGCGGCUUUUUCCUCCCUUCUUGAGUUCUCAGGGCUGUGAAGCAGCUCUAGUUAUAAUGCGCUUCAUAGAGAUUUAAAGCGUUAUGUAAGCGUGAGAAUUUAUUAUUCUAAUGACUCCAUCCCACGUGCUUUUUUAUAAACGGAAAGUUGCUUUAAAUCGACAGUAUGCCAAAUUUUUAGCUCUCUUGGACAAUUUGAGCGCAGCAAAUAAGGCCAGUGAUGUACAGCACAGCUUGGGCGCAGCCUGGGCACUCACAGGUAGCAGCGGAGAGUCUGGGUGUGUUCGGGCUGUGGACCGAGCCUCAGCUCCUGUUUAAAACCGCGUAACUAAUUGUCCACGAUUAGCAAUACCCCUGGAGGAGACUGCUCCCUGGCUUACGAGCACUGCCUGCUGCCUCUGCUCAGCCCACCCGCACAGAUAGGGGCGGUCCUACUAUUGAAGCCCCUCGUAUCUGUGGAAAUCAAAUAGAGAUCGAUGUAAAUAGAAUACAGAAAGUUGGUUAUUGCCUUCAAUCACUGUGAAGAGCUUUAAAUGCCUUCCCAAAGUAGGAUUUUGUCUCCAAUAAGGGGCAGAAGAAAAAUUGCAGAGUCAACGGUACAGACUGUAAUUUAACAUUCACGAUUUGUCUAAUCAAAGUAAACAUGCCUUUUUAUAUGCACAUUCAAAAGUCACUGAAUUAAUAUGGCAAAGGGAGAGAAAGUCGUCAACUUUGUCAAUGGUGACACAAAAUAAUUCCCAGCCUUCAGAAGUUAACCAGUAUAACGCUGCAAAUUCCCAUGGCUUGAGCGAUGGUGCUGCAGCUGAGGGGGUACCCGGGAGCACCCCAGGACCCCGGGGGAGGCGAGCAUCCCUGCCCGCCUCUGGGCCACCUCUCUAGCAGUGCCUGAGGGCACGGCUGCAAUUCCAGAGCCCGCCCCUGACCUUCUCCAACACGCGGGUUCUCACGCAGCCGCUCCUGGCUCCCACAGACAAGGCUGAGCCAAAAGCAGGAUGGGCAGUGCCAGAGCCGGGGAAAAGGCAGCGGGCUCGUACGGCCAGGGCGUGCCGUGCCUUGCAGGCUGUGAUUUUUUUAUGAUGCCCGCUAAUUUGCAGGACUCAUUCCUAGCGCUUCGCUCAGUAACGUACAAUAGAUGCCGCAACAUUCACUUCAGCACAAUGUCAGCUCACGGAUGGAGGGGAAGAGAAGGGGGCUGAAGAGAUAAAACCAUAUAGUGACAAAACAAUAAAAGAAAAAUCAAUCUUUAUGACAGAUGAGCAAGCGAGAUCUACAGUGUAAUCAGAAAGCACAAAGAGAUUCAUGGUUUGCCAGGAAGAGUAUCCAGGCAGCAUUAUUCUAUAGACGGAAACACAAUCGCGCUUGCGGGAUCUGUUUGCUUGUUUCUGAGCAAAUCUUCCAGCGCGUUUUGUUGAAGUGGGUAGCUGACACGCACACAUCUCAGCACUCCAUCUGGAUUGCUGCGCCUCUCCUUUCACCGAGCACCUGAACUUCUCAAUCCUUUGGCUUUUUUGAUGCGAUCAGCCGGCACAGAACACGCACUCAGAAAAUUGCUGGCGAUAAGACGCGGUCCCAGAGAAAGAGGCAGUGCCAGGCAGUCCCCGCUUACGCAGUCCCAGCCGCAAUUAGAAUAACAAUCUAGGCAGAUCCCCUCUGAAAAUGAGCUUCUGGCUGUCAAGUCACUGUAUUAAUUUCUGUUCAGUUUUACGUAAUGGCCUUUGGAUAUAGUCAAAAUGACCAGCCAGCUAGAGCUUAAAGAAAUACUGAUCUGUGAAUUGACGUAAAACCCAGUUCGUAUUUCAACCUGAACCGGUUUAGAUUGCUUGGCGUUUUUUAUCUGAAAAGCAAGAAUCACACAGCAAGACCCUCGGGUGAUUUAAUCAUCCAUUUACCACAAUGGAAAAAACAAACUCUUUCUCUUUUUUAGGGUUUGGUUGUUGUUUUUUUUGCAAAGUCUUUUCUGUCCUGUGAUAGCUAUCCAUUCCUUCUCCUCAACAAACUCCAUGGCGAUCAUUUACAACGGGUAAAUCUGAUCGUCUCUGCAUAUCCCAGCCUGUGGAAAGGGGCCGCAGCAUUGCAAAAGCCUGUGCUCGGUCAGCACAAGUUCACAAGAUCAGUUACUGGGUUGGAUAAGAUAUUGUAGGAACUGCGAUCAGAUCUUUCCCCGGGGCAUUGCUUAGGGGUUUUUUGAUGUCUUUUAUUUCGCUUUGUUUUAAACUGAAGCCAAACAAGGCAGAACGGCAUCUCCCGUUGGCUUCACUUUGGGGAGGUACAGCAGACUGGGCAGGGCUGGUUUCCCAAUGAUGCAACAAAUGUUGAUUAAAUGGAGAAAUUAGUUCAGCCUCGUACUCAGAACAAUUCCUGAAGAGACCCUUUCAGGAUGUAAGGUUUCUCGGGGAGGUGCAGCUAUCCCCCUCAUUACUUAGGGACCUCGGCACUCUCGCAGCUGAGCAUCUCGGUGGAGCAGGGCCAUGAAAGCUUUGCUUGGUGACAGUUGUGUCCCCCGAGAUGUGGUCUCUUUCCCAGCUGUAGCAUCCCGUGUGCUGUCGCUCACGGCUCCUUGCUCCACCUGUAGCGCUGAACAGGCAGCGCAGGUGCUGCUGAUCAACACCUGGACAAAACCAGAGCAGAGCUGCCCAGCUCCGGGGGAAGGGAGACUCGUCCUCCUCUGCCUCUGCUCUGUCUUCAGAUUUCCUCAGCACUUACUGCAGUGCCUCCUACACCUUCAAAUCAAAUCCAUUUCACACACCUCCCCCUCGCUACCGACCCUUAAAUCAGGGUCAGCAGGAGAAGAUGACAGGGGAGAACAUGAACCAGCUCAAGCUGGGAGUUUUCCAUAGUCGAGCAGAUCCCCCACGAAACCGGCAGCCACUUUGCAUCCUCCCACAAGCUGCCAGGUCACGGCCAGUGUGGGGCUCGGCACCGUCCCCAAGCUCCACACCUUGCUUUGUCUCCUCAGUCGCACAGAAAAUGUUGGCAUUACAGCCCCAAGACCACCUUUGCCCACCAUACUAAACUGUUCUUUACGGCUUUUCUUUGUUGUUGUUGCCAUGCCACCUAGGCGAAACUCACAGUCAGCUCAGGAUUUGUGGCAAAACCAACAAGAUGAGAAUUAGCAGUGAGAUCUGCAAAGACCAGCACAGGCUCAGCCAGGAGAAAACACGAUGCAGAAGUCUUUUUUCCCAACAUCUCUUAAAAGAUCUGAGAGACAGAUUUCAAGAGCAGACCUGUAGGGAAUUUGCAAACUCAGACACGAGUCCCCUGGCAACACCCAACUGCAAACCAAGGUGUGCACAAGGGUAGAACACAUGGACCAGUCUGUGGCGUACAUGUGGGUUUGCACAACCUACAGCCACUAUCACCCAGACGAUAAUUUAAAGAGUAAUUGCUGUAGAGCACCACAGAAAAUCAAAGUAAACCAGGGACCCAGCAGGCUUGUGGCGAAUCUUCCAGACCGUUCCCAGUUUGCCACCAAUACCACUACCGCAGAGCCUUGGUUCUAAUAUAAUGACACAAAUUCUACAAAUGCUAACAAAAUACUUGGUUUGUGUAGCACCAUGACAAUGCACAGCGUUGCACAUGGCACAAAAGUGACUAUGAUAUCCAUCAGAAUCAUAGAAUCAUUUAGGUUGGAAGGGAUCUUUCAGGUCAUCGAGUCCAACCAUCAACCCAGCACUGCCCAAGCCACCACUACCCCGUGUCCCUCAGCACCACGUCUGCCCGGCUUUUCAAUCCCUCCAGGGAUGGCGACGCCACCACUGCCCUGGGCAGCCUGGGCCAAGGCUUGACAACCCUUUCCAUGUAAAAAUUUCUCCUAAUAUCCAAUAUAAACCUUCCCUGGAUAUGCUGUUUACAUACUGUGGGGAGUUAAUUCAUUGUUCAGGCAGAUCUGCACCAUGACAGCAAUAAAUCAGUUGUCUGAAAAAGGCAGCGGCGCUAAAAAAUUACCUGAUCUUUUGCCCUGCUGACUCAGUCCAGAGAGUGACCCGGGCCGGGAAAGGCACCGCGCGCUCUCGCUCCGUCGCCCUGCGCUCCACCAAAGCCCUGGCUGGUGCCUGCACCGCUGCCUUUAGAAAGGGGCAGGGGCAGCAAUCGCGGCAGAGCGAAACCUUGAAGGCAUCGCGUUUAUGCCAUGCUGCAACAAGUAACAGAUGAGUGAAUAUAAUCCUUUAUUUUCCUAAGAUAGCUUCAAAACAACGAGUUUAUCACUUGCAAGCCAAGCCCUUUGUUUAUGCCCUUUUCUCCUUCGUUCUCAGAUGGUGGGCAACUAUGGUUUUAUUUUGCAGAAAGUUCUUUCGCUAAUAGUCAUCCAUAAUCAUCAACAAAAUAACUUAAUAUAUGUAGGCGACUAUAAUGACAGUAAAUGCCGUGUAGGAGGCAUAAUAUAUGCUUCAUUGUCAGAGCUCGCAUGCUGAAUUAAAUACCCUAUUCUGGUCAAAUGCUAAUACAUUCUAUGAGCGCUUUUCCAUAAACAGAUUUUUAAAAUGCAGUAGAAUAAAAAAGGUGAUAUGAAUAAUAUGCUGAAAUAAUCGGAGAGGUGUGAGUCUAAGAAUCAGUGUUUUUCUGUAGCAUCUCGCUUGAUAUUGGCACUGAACUGACCGGCGUGAAAAGCACCGUCGGGGUAGCAGCACUGCUGCGCUACCUGUGGUACAACCGUCCGGCCUACGGCGGCGUCAGACCUCAUUUGUAAACAACAUGGUGUUUUUCCAAUGGACUUCACCCCAGCUGGCUGCCCUGGUGGAACCAGGCUCACGUUAACACAUCACACUUGGACUUCUGAUGAAAAAUUAGGCGACGUACGAAACGGGUAGGAUCUCUACAGAUGCCCGGCAUUUAAAGCAGCUUAGGGUUCAGCAGCACUUCUGUCUCGAAAACGGCCUUAAAAUCAGCAGCAGGCUCCGUGCCUAACUGCAUGGCGUGUGGUUGGUGCUACACUGGUGUUCAGCGUCGGAGCGUGGCACAGAAAAAUGUGACUACAACAACACGGUUCAUAUGGCAGAGAAAAAACACAGCAGCUGUAAAGACCUUGGAUUCGAGCCUUUCGCUGGCUUCAGCAGCAGCAGCAGCGAGGGGUGACGCCAGGGAAAGGCUGGCAUGGAGCACCCCGUGCCUGGUGGUUGCAGCCUGGAAUUGUGCUUCUGCUUGCCCAGGCAGCGCAGCAGGGCGGUGGUGGUCUCCACAAACUGUACGCAGUGGCCAACCGCUUUGAAAGCGCUUGUCCCCCCGUGAAGGACAACCCUCGCGGCAGGACCUGGAGGACAGGGCAGGGGCAGCGGAGCAGCCCCCUGCGCAGCCAGGCGCACACACCAGGGACUGGGCCGCCAUCGUCCCUCUGGCUCUCCUCGGGAUGCGUUUCCCAUCUUCCCGAGACAUAGGCUGAUGCUUGAGAAGCGAACAGGAAAGAAAAGACUAAGGCAGAGUGCAAAGCAACCCCGUGACGGUGCACAAAGGCAAAGGGACCACUCUCUCUUAAUUCACGGGCUGUCUGGUACCCACGAAAGAUGUGCCGGCAGACCUGCCAGAGCACGGCUGGAGCCAGGGGGACACGGGUUGCCCUGAAGCAGCGCUAGUGAAGACCCCACCAGACAUGCUUCACACCUUUUUCUGGCUGCAGGAGCGACGGGUGCCUCUCACCUGGCACCAGUCCCCUGGCCACCAUUGCUUCAGAAAGACGCCGAGCACCCCAGCCAUACUCGGGCUGCGAUGGCUUUAGCCAUCAGUGUCUUAUCUAGGGUUGAGGGCAACCUUUAGCAAAGCUCAUGGUAGCUCUUCCACCACCAUCCUCUUCUCUCCAGCCAGAAGAAUGCUGGGUGCAGGACGGGCUGCCAUAAAAGCCAUGUCACAGACCGAUCAGCUGGGUUAUUUAUUCAGCUCUUUUAGAUCAGCGGUUGCAAGAUAGAUUGCGUCUCGUUGUCGAUUCAGGCUUCUCAAUUAAAGCGUAUAAAGCACCGAAUUGGGAGUACAGGUAUUUGGUACAGCCAGCCUCGGUUCCCCUGCAACGGACGGUUAGCGGGGUCGGAUUGUUCAGCCAAAGGCUCCCGUACAGCACGGACCUUCCCGGCGGAUCCACGCGCUGCAGCCACAGCGGGGCUGAGCCUGCCCCUCGCUUCUCCUGACGCCUGCCUCGCCGCUUGGAACUACUGACUCUUCCUCGUUCCCUGAGAGACUUUGGAUUUUUCUCUCCUGUUUUACGCUGCAGUAAUCGGGCAGCCUCGAGAUCAUCUCCAGCCUCGAGCAAAACCGCCCCAGGCGCUUGUGCAUCUAGCUUGUUUUAAUUAUUCUGCUAAUACAGGGAGGAUUUUAAAGAGUGGUAAGCAGCAGAGCCCCGAAUAACGCCUUGGUUCAGCGCCAUCUGUUCUUCAUUCCACAAAUAUAUUUUCCUUGGUGAUCCAGAGCAAAAGGCUUAGUACAUUAUCAUAUGAUAAGACAAUUUAAAAGAAUAAAUAAGUCCUGCAACACAAAACUCAGUAUUAAAAAGCCAACAUGACAAUAGUACCUGAAUGAUACUAUAUAUAUUAAAGCUAAAAAUAGAAAAUCAAAAAUACUUCCAGGCAAGUAAUGAAAGCAUGUUUUAGGAACUAUGAAGCAGUCCUGGCUUUGUGCUGAGCUGUGAACAGUGAAAUUGGAAUAAAUAAAAUAAUAUUGCUGCGUUAAUAACUUGCUGUAAAACCACACAUAUGUAUAAUAUCCGCACUGCUCGGUUGCCAAGUGAGGACCAUGAUUUAAAGGAUAGAUUAUUUUUCUUAAAUCUUUAUCAGUCUAGAAAAAGGAGUGAGUCGGGACGCAGACCCUGAUGCUGGGAGCGUGCAGGGAGAGGAGGGCGCUGCUCCGGGCACGGGGCACGAGAGGCAACCGGGGCUGGCGAUGUUGCUGGGGGUACAAUGGCAGUCUCAGGGAAGACACUUCUGCAGGGCAAAAUUAUACAUCAGAACUUUCUACCACGUGAAAUAGGUGAUGUUUGCACAACCGAGGGAAUACAGCUCCAUUUUUCAUCCUUCUCUGUUCAAGCGGCUCCCUGCCUGGAAGAGCGAGAGCGCCAAAGUGCGGAUCAGCCUCCAGCCUCAGCAGCUCUCACUGGAGCUGCUUGGUGCAAUAGGAGGACCUGGCUCCCUGGUUCGAAAUAAAAAAAUAAAAUGAGUAAAAUAAUAUUAAAUAAAAUGAAAUGAAAUUAAAUAAGCAAAAAACCCCUGUCUGCCCAAGAUCAGUUUUAACGUGCUGGUGGAUUUCCACAGAUGACACGGCUAAUGCCCGAAUAACACUUUGGAGUAUUUCAGAGGUGCUUACUCUUAACGAUAACCUUUUGCUUUGCUUGCAAAGUAUGCCAGGCUUAAUGACGUGUCUUUCUAGUAUCUCUUGGUCAGAAAAAUGAACCAAAUGCUCAUCCGCUAGACCCAAAACUUGCUGUUUCACUAGUGGAAGCUGGAAACAGAAGGCAGGUACGGCGGCAGUCUGCUUCUUGGCUGAGGAGCUGGGGCCACCGCAGCCCGGAGACUCCCCCGGGCACAGGAUCCGAGGGAAUAAUGGGAACUGGGGACGGCCCUGAAUUUCCUCACUUGUUUCAGAAUCAGCUCUCCUUUCAGCCUAAUGUCAAUACCUCCUGUCUGAACUCCGGCGGGCUGGUUUGCCAAUUAUCAUCAGUGUCUUUUGUGAAGCAGCUCACCCCGGCUUUUAAUGCUCAAUUACAAGCGUGUUUUAGCAGACAGGAUGCCUGCUACAUUUUUAUAUGCUGAACAUAAAUACAUAAAAUAUGACAAAGUAAGACUUUUAUUAGUAACAUACUUUUAGGGAAGAGUAUAAACCAUCCAUUAGAAAUCCUGUUAACAGCAUUGGUCAUUACAAGAAGAGGGAAAACAGCUUUCCUAGGGAUUUGAUUUCCUUUUUUUCUUCUUAAUGGGUACUGAUCUUUCACCAUCACCAGCAGACAAUGUUGUCUAUUAACAUUUACUCAGCAGUUAUCAUUUUUAUAUUUCUCCAUAACCAUAGCGAUUCAAAUAAUGUUGUUGCUCCGCUCUUGUAUCUUCCCUUUGAUAAAUACGGGUAACGAUUUAGCACCGAAGAAGGCCCUGCUCUCAAUGGCACCGCAGAAGUUGCCAGGCAGGGUAAUUUGGCUAAUUCGAUCCUGUACCAUACUCAACAAAAACCAGGUUUAAGCAUCAUUAAACAAGGUUUUGCAAAAUAGUUUGCUUCGCAAUUUUUCUUCCACAACAAAAUCGGGUAUUUUGAGGACCUCGUGUAGAUGUAGAUGUGCCCGCGCUGUGUUUGCACAGCGCGGCCCCUCCCCAGGAAUAAGGCCCCCGGCAGCCCCGCCAAGCACGGCUGGCUAGAGUAGGGUUUAUGCUGCAAGGACGGAGCCGAAAGACAAAAGUUGCAGUAGCAGGAGGCUCAAGUACAUCCAUUUAAUACCUACAUAUUGUGUUUAAUUUACCCGCUGUGCCCAGUGCAAAAUCAGUUACGGGGAAGCACCAGAUUCAAAUACGGUGUCAAUCCAGCGAUGCCACUGCAGUUUGAGUUGACCCCUGAGAACCAGGGUCAAACGGCAUUAGAGGGAAUGAAGCAAGAACCAGCCUAGACGUUUCCAAUUAAAACCGGACUAGUAAAUUAUUAAAAAGGGUCUGAAUUAUAUUUACCCGUGCAAAACAAACAGCAGCUAGGAUGAGUUCCGUAAGAGACAGGCUAGAGCUCAUUUGCGAGACAAGAGGAAUGAAUUAUGAACAUUUAUGGGUAUGGUAAAGCUACUAUAACCCACUUAUUCUUUCUUCUCACAGAGCAGGUCUAAUAUAUAAUAAUAUGGUAUAUUUUGUAUUAGACCCAGGGAGCAGAGUGUUGUCAUAUCUGUUAAACAUAUUUGCAUAAGGGGGUAGGAUAUGAAGCCCAUAUUCAAAACCUAAUCUCUCUGUUCGCUUCUAAAAGCUUAAAAAAGCUUGACAGAUAAAAUCCAAUCGUAGCUAUCAAGCACCAGCUCUUGAUUACAUGGCUCAUAAAAUGAGAUCAAAGCAAAUAUAAAGGCAAAGUUACUGUGUUCUUAAUGCCUCCCUUGCAAAAAAUCCAUGCAGCCGAGAGCAGAACUGACGCAGGUUACGAAGCUGAAGCCCAUUUUGAGCCACGUGCACGAGCUCCGUCGCUGCAGCGCAUCCGCGUGCAGUACACCUACGGUGAAUAAUUUGCUUACCACGGCAAGUCCUAAUUUCUAAGCUAAUGAAUGAAUAUCUUAGAUACGCUGACUUUGGUCUUCAGUCUCCCGAGUCCCACGCACAUGCGGCCUUUGUUGUGGCAGGUUUGAUGCGUUUGACCUUCACGGGGCGUGAGUUUGCGAUUUAACUCUAAGAUGGCGCUAGCUGGGCUGCAGAAUGGAACUGCGCGGUGGCAUCCCCUGCGUGGAACGUAGCGCUGCACACGGCGAGGUCUGGUGAGCGCACGCAGUAGGACUCCUCUCGCUUUUGGGAAAUCACUCAGCAGAAUUACAGCUUUUGGUGGCAAAGCUACUUACAGGCAAAUAAGGUCAAAAAAGCAUUAAGAAGCAUGAAGGGAAAGCCUAGCGUUAUUCACCGGUUCAGAACAUAAAGCUUCCAUGUCAACUGCUAGCGGUUAAAGUAAACGUUUGCGCAAUGCCUCACCUCGGUAACUCUAACCCAGGCUAGAGAAUUGCUGCCGGUUGGCAACGCGCUGCUCCUCUGCGCGCACCCACAGAGGAAAGGCCGGGUGGGAUGCAGCGCCCACGCGGGGACACCUUCCCUGCGGGGCAAAACACGUGGUAUCGCCACGUCACCGUGCCAGAUUCCCAUUCUCACCAUCUGACCCCUUGCCCGCAAAGGGAGGAGUUUUCUGGUGUCACGAUUUGAUAGAGCGCAGGGACAGUCCCCGGCACUGACGGAGGGAGUCUGUACCUCUCCGUCCAGGCAGCGCCGCCCGUGACCUUCCCAGGUGGAAGGAGCUGAGUAAAUGUGAACUGAAAUAGUGAUUAUUAAAACGAGCCUUGAGAAAACACAUGGAAAGGAUUCAGUAUGGGGAUAGUUGGAGUCUGACCCCGUUGUUUCUUCAUGGCACCCCAUUACAUCGUGCUGCCUUUGAAAAUCUGAGAGGAGGAUCCAUUUUACAUAAAGUUGAUGAAUGUUUUUCCAUUCAUUUCAAUAUUUUACAUGUGUGAAAAAAAAAAAAAACCUUUUUGCAAAAGACCAGUAUUCUUUUUGUUGCAGAAUAAAUUACUGAGGAGAAUCCUCAGUGUUAUUAAGCAACUAUAAAACUAUUCUUUCAGAAAGAAUAUUUUAAAUGGAACUUUCCAGAUUUGGCACGUAACAACUAAUGACUCACAAUAACAAAACGCUCUUAUUAAAAUAAAUACAAAAUCAAAAAGCUUUACUGACAGCACAAACCCCUUUAUCCUAAGACUAAAAGGAAGGAGGAUGCAGCUUCGGGGAUCUGACAUGUGAAAUCGUGAUCCAUAGGGCAGAGGGGUUCAUGUUAUUUUCUUAGUACAGCUCUUCUUCCCUAGAUCUGUAUGCGACGCCCAUAGUCCCCGGAUUUUCCGUAAGAAGGCAAAUUUUGCCUUUAUCGUGUCAAUGCUGACUUCCCCGCGACAAAUUUUGUCACCUGUGAGCUGGGCACGUGUUUUCGUGCAGCGGCCUCUUUACCCGGCGGCAGAGCCCUGGUGCCCGGCGGGCGCCCCGCAGAGCUGCCCCGCCGCCCCUGCCCGGGCAGAGGGGCGACGUACGGUGGAUUGACAACACGGGCCACCUUCUGCCACGGCUUCGGCUUCGCAGGCAAGUCACCUCAGCGGGGCGAGUGACGCAAACCAGGCUGAGAUGGGUACAGCAGAACGGGAAGGCUGGCCCAGUGUAUUUACUCAUGGAUCUCCAUAAUGGCAUUCAUGGUAAAUAUUGGACUUCCCUUCUCAUUUCCACUCUACAGAAAGUGAGGUAGAACCAUUACAUUAAAAUAUGUAAAGGAACAAAAAUCAGCCUACAAACGGAGGUGUUUGACUCUCAUUGAGGGGCACAGUGAAACAGGCGAGUUAAUACUAAGCAAUUAUAAAAUGUUUCCGGCAGUCGACCUUGCUGAAUGAAGGACACACUAGUAAUCCAAAGAAAGCAAGCACGCACCGCGUGCUCAUAGACUCGGACACGAGACAUUAAUAUAAAAAAUCGCAGAUAUGACUAUACGUAUAAAGGAUAUCCCAUACGCAUACCUUAACUAUAAAAGAAAUCAUCAUUUUUAUAUCGUGCCCCAAACCUCAGUUUAAUUUAGAAUAAGUGAAUUUUUUCUGAUUUUUAUUGGUGAUCAGACUGAACAAAAAUCAGCCAUGACAACCUGCUUCUAAUGAAUUUCAGAACUGUAAACAUUUUGCUGAGGUACUGGCAAAUGCCAGCGAAUAAUGCUGUAUUUUAUUUCAGGACAAAUAAAGUAGCAUAUAGAUAAAAGAAAAGCCAACUUCUGCCCUUAUUUGUGCAUGGGCAGCUUUCUCACAAAUAAAUUGUUGCCUAAAUUACAUAGUAAAUCUAAGAAUAACACCGAGCGCGGCUUGGAAGCGCUUCUAUAUAAUGUGCCAUUCACAUAAUUUCAGAGCCAGAUCUCACAUUAUGGAUGAUAAUCAUCGCACCUUUAUCUGUCUUCUGCUGAUGAAAUUUCUGCGCUGAGCCCAACGUACAGUAUCGGCCUCAAAAGAUCAGAUAUUGUAUUUGUUUGUUUUCUAGCUUGCUUAUAGCUGAUAACAGCAUAAGCCAAGCGAAGCCAAGGAAAUACAAUUCAUCACAGUAGACUGGUCAGCCUUGCACUGCUGCAAAAGUAUGUUCCCAUGACUAGUGUGAAUCCAACUGCAUCAAAUGCUGCUUAAACUCCAUCCAUCAGCGGCACAGAGCGCCCUUUCCUACAGCUCCUUCCCAGCUGACGGAGUGGGACCGGUGCGCCCUGGCCCCAGCAGUUUCCCGGCGCCGCGAGCGCGCUCCUCUCACCCAUCCAUCCCCUGUCCCGACAGGCACCGCGCGGACUCGCGCUCGCAGGGAGGAUUUCGUCCUGCAGCAGCCUUUGCAGCACCGCGGCGCGAGGCCGCGGGUCGCACAAAAAGGCAGCGGUUCCUCUCUCUGAGUGACCAUUAGCCACAGAGAAGAUAAAGCCAUCUCAAUACGGUAAAUGCACGAAUAACGGGAGGUGACUGAAUUACUUUUCCCUACGUUCACGUUGCUUCUGUUAAGGAUUGUAUUUUAUUCCAGAAUCAGGUUGCAGAUUGUACAUUGUGUUACGAUUAGAAAAGGAUACUUAUAUAUAUAUAUAUUACUCUUUUUUAUUCAUUUCUAAAUAAAUCAUCUCAAGAUGACAGGAUACGGUGAGGAUUUUAGUUUUUAAAAAGUGGUUUACAGUAACUAAAUUAAACGGAUGCCUUAUUUUUGAGGAUUGAAGGAUUUUUUUGAAGAGAAACAAUCCCCUCUCCAAAGGUACCUGAAGAAAUCCGGGCAGGGGAGGUUCCCCCGGCGCUGAGCUAAGGUGGGAAGGGGGUUUCUGGGUAGAGCCGGCCCGGCAGCGGGACAGAACCCACCUGUGCAAAAAGAGAAGCUGAUGUCUGAAAGGCGCCUUGAGAUACCCGGCUUGGGUGGACGUUCCCCGUGUUUCAGCGCUAGCCUGACUCCUCCGAAACCUCGGGCACCUCCAGCUCCCGCCGCAGCCGCGGGCUCGGCACCGGGAAGCGGCACUGGUGCCUCGCGGGAGGGACUCAAGCCAAGAAAGAACGUGACAAGAGCAAUGCUACAGUCCCUAGAGUGUCUGUCUCAGUAGCUGGGCAGAUCUUCCUGUUUGCAAUUAAAGAAAAAGCCUCUUAAAAAGAUUUGGAAAAUUUUUUUCCAAAGCCACUCGGUAACUUCCUUGUAACCUUACUGCGUACAAUGGGUAGGGAGAAAAUCGCUUUUCCAUAACUCGUUCGUUAGGUUAACAACAGAACUUCUCCCAGGAUUAAAAUAUAGCGGCGUUUUCUUUUUCUAUGUUUUUUUAAUUAGUUUAACCUGAAGUUAACAGAGUCCCUAAUUCUUUCCCAAUCUCAGCAACAGCCUGUAGGGAUGAACGUAUUUAUUUCCUGCAUCUGUUCUCCAAAUUAAAUCAGAAAAUGAUUAUGAAAGAGCGGUUCUUGGUAGUCCCCGGGGAAGCUCUUAUGGAAACCUUACAUCAUAGCGAUGCGUGCUGCCAGUGAUCGCUGUAUCACAGCAUGGCUGGAGUCUUUCUUCACAGAACUUUUUUCCCCCUCCUUUUAUAUUGUACUAAUUGUAAGGGAAAUAUAACACCACUGCGGGGUUAAAAUCUGCUUCCGCUGAAGUCAAUGGCCAGGCUUCCAUUUCUUUCAAUGGAGCAAGGAUUUCAUUUCGGAGGUUUACGAUGCUGUCAGCAGCCGGCGCAGACGGCGUGUCUGCGAGGCACACGGGGCAUCGAGUGAUCAGCCGUGGUGUUAUAUUGCAAAAUCGUUUGCGUUUGCUCUGGCAUGAGGAGAAUCGUUGGAGGGGUUUUUAAUUGCAGAUGUGAACACGAAGGAAGAGUCAGUGUGCCAUUAAUACAAAGUCGACGUUUAACGCUCACUGCGAAGUACCGCGUGGAACUAGGAUCAAAUCUGACAAGUCCAAACUUUAAACGAUGUACAGCAUUUGACGAUGCAUGUAGUAUUUUUAGUAGCAACAGACUAUGACAUUUGAGGGCUGCAGCCUAGUAGGAUAUACCAGUGUUUCUCGCUUCUAUGUAAUAUUUUGUAUGGGUUUAGAGAAGAUGGCCUCUGUUGUGCAUUGUUUGUGAAAUGUUUCUUAUCCCAGAGAGGUGUAUGAUGUAAAAUACGUCAGUGAAAAGUGUAUAUUUUAUGUGAGAGGAAAAUACAUUUUAAUAAAGGUAAAGCUUUGUUAGCUGUAAAAAUGGCAACUGUUCAAGUGUACAGUAACUUCUUACUAAUGUAUGAAAAUCUGUGAUAUUUUUGAUUUGAUUGUAUUUGUAUUGCCCAAAUAAAACAUUUUGGCUGUAUUGUU